CCUCCCGCACGCAGCGGAGCGGAGCCCAGGGGCCGCGCGGCUCGGGCCGGCCCGCGGCGGCGGCCGCUGACGGGGCGGAGCGGAGUCGGCGCCCGGCGACUGCGGCAUGUCCCGUCGAGGCUCCCGGGAAGGAACUGAGAAUGAGAUUGCCGUGGAAGGCUAAAAUGAGCUCAAUUCAGGAUUGGGGUGAAGAGGUGGAAGAGGGAGCUGUUUACCAUGUCACCCUGAAAAGAGUGCAGAUUCAGCAAGCUGCCAACAAAGGAGCGAGGUGGCUCGGGGUUGAAGGGGACCAGUUACCUCCAGGACAUACUGUCAGCCAGUAUGAAACAUGUAAGAUCAGGACAAUAAAAGCUGGAACUUUGGAGAAACUUGUGGAGAACCUUCUGACAGCUUUCGGGGAUAAUGAUUUUACCUACAUCAGUAUCUUUCUCUCAACAUACAGGGGCUUUGCUUCUACUAAGGAAGUACUAGAGCUUCUCCUUGACAGGUAUGGAAACCUGGAGACGUCAAGCUGUGAAGAAGUUGGGAGCCAGAAUUCCUCUGAAUCCAAAACAGUACUCAGGAAUGCAAUAGCAUCAAUCUUACGAGCGUGGCUUGAUCAGUGCUCUGAGGAUUUCAGAGAGCCGCCCAGCUACCCGUGCUUACUGAAGUUGCUGGAAUACCUGCAGAAGAGCAUGCCUGGCUCUGACCCAGAGAGGAGGGCACAGAACCUUCUGGAGCAGUUCCAGAAGCAAGAAAUAGAAAACGAUCAUGAGUUCCAUAGCACUUCCCCUUGUAAUCUGUAUGAUGAAGAGGAAAUGGAAAUUAGUGGUCCAGAAGAAUUCUCUUCUUUCCGGGAAGACCUUGUGGCAGAGCAGCUGACAUACAUGGAUGCAAAGCUCUUCAAGAAAGUUGUGCCCCACCACUGUUUGGGAUGCAUCUGGUCUCGAAGGGAUAAGAAAGAAAACAAGCACCUGGCACCUACCAUCAGAGCCACCAUCUCUCAGUUCAACGCGGUCACCAAAUGCGUUGUCAGCACUAUCCUGAAGAGCAAAGAACUCAAAACACAGCAGAGGGCCAAGAUCAUUGAGAAGUGGAUUCAUAUCGCACAUGAAUGUAGGAUCCUGAAGAAUUUUUCCUCUUUGAGAGCCAUCGUUUCAGCACUGCAGUCCAACUCCAUCUAUCGGCUAAAGAAGACCUGGGCAGCUGUUCCAAAGGACAGAAUGCUGAUGUUUGAAGAGCUGUCUGAUAUCUUCUCAGAUCAUGACAAUUAUUUGACAAGUAGGGAGCUGCUAAUGAAGGAAGGAACAUCCAAAUUUGCAAAUCUGGACAGCAGUGUGAAAGAGAAUCAGAAAAGAACACAGAGACGUCUUCAGCUUCAAAAAGAUAUGGGAGUAAUGCAAGGCACCGUCCCUUACCUUGGUACCUUUCUUACUGAUCUCACCAUGCUGGACACAGCCCUUCAGGAUUACAUCGAGGGUGGCCUGAUAAAUUUUGAGAAGAGACGAAGGGAAUUUGAAGUCAUCGCCCAAAUUAAGCUCUUGCAAUCUGCGUGUAACAGCUAUUGCAUGACACCAGACCAAAAAUUCAUCCAGUGGUUCAGGAGGCAGCAGCUUCUAAGCGAGGAGGAGAGUUACAGCCUCUCGUGUGAGAUUGAAACAGCUGUUGAUGCAAGCACCAUGUCACCAAAACCUCGGAAAAGUAUGGUGAAGAGGCUCAGCCUACUGUUUCUGGGCUCUGAGGUGAUCACCAGCAGCACGCCCACCAAAGAGCAACACAAAUCAACUCCAAGUGGGAGCUCUGGUGAGAGCAUGGACUCGGUCAGUGUGUCAUCCUGUGAGUCUAACCACUCUGAAUCUGAAGAAGUCUGCGUCACUCCCAUAGACACUCCUGAUGAGCCACAGAAAAAGCUCUCGGAAUCCUCCUCCUCUUGUUCCUCCAUCCAUUCCAUGGACACAUCCUCCUCGGGGCUGCCAUCUUUAACCAACAUAAUCCUGUCCCCUCCCUUCUCGUCCUCCAACCCCAAGAUCCACAAGCGCUCCAUCUCCGUGACAUCCAUUACCUCGACAGUACUGCCCCCUGUUUACAACCAGCAGAACGAGGACACCUGCAUCAUCCGAAUCAGCGUGGAAGACAACAACGGCAAUAUGUACAAGAGCAUCAUGCUAACCAGCCAAGAUAAAACUCCUGCUGUCAUCCAGCGAGCUAUGUCAAAGCACAACCUGGAAUCUGAUGCAGCCGCGGAGUAUGAGCUUGUACAGGUCAUCUCUGAGGACAAAGAGCUGGUGAUCCCAGACAGCGCCAACGUAUUCUAUGCCAUGAACAGCCAGGUGAACUUUGACUUCCUGCUGAGGAAAAAAACUCCCACUGACGAGCAGGUGAAAAUGAGGAGCAGAUCCAGCCUGACGCUCCCCAGAACUGCCAAACGGGGGUGCUGGAGUAACAGGAACAGCAAAAUCACACUCUGAGGUGGAUGCCGUGGCUCUGAGUUGAACUGGUUGAGAACCCUACCUGCGCUACCAUCCAGUAUUACAGAAUUGCAGCAGGUGAAUGUGUCAGUAUUCAACGCUGAAAACAUUGGAAACAAAUGCCAAGUGAGCAUUUGGUUGUCAUCCAGGCAGAUAUGAGUCUCUUCACCUGCAGCUGGACAGACAUGGGUUUACAGGACAGGCCAGACUAGGAUUAUUUUGUUUUGCACAUUAGCCUAGGAAGGUGAGAAACCCCAGCUAGAGGGGAAAACAGGACUGCAAUGUUUGUACUCAGAACACCACAUAAGCCUACUUCUUGCGUGAGAAAACCUUUUCUUUGUGCCAGUAUUACACACAAUGAGAAUACCUAAGUUUAUUUUUAUGUAACUGGAGAAGAAAAGCCACAGGCCUGUUCUCCCAGAAGGGAGCAGGAGUUCCCCCUGGUCCACACAGCCCAAGGAGAAUGCUGGGUCACAAGAAGGGGUGAGCUCCACAGAGUGCACCUAUGGCAAGGCAGUGUGGGUACAGCCCCAAAACGCUCAACUGUGGAGAAGGAAGAAGCGACUGCAAGCACGUGCAUUGCCUUCAUACUGCUGGCAGCCUUCUAUUUGCACUUGUUCAAAGCUAGAAAAUUACCUACUUUGCAUUAUUAUUUUUUUUUUUCCAAAGAACAUUAAAAGAGAAGACUGCUUGCUUUCACAUGAAUGUCAUGAUUUGUUCAUGAAGAAGGCACUCAACACUACACAUAUGGACUUCAAUGCCACUGCCGUAUGGUUCUCCUUUUGCUUGGCUAACCCACUCAACAGAAGUCGAUGCCUCUGCAUGCAUUCUGAUAUGACUGAUGUACCUCUUUGUAAUGUGCAAUCAAUAUUCAGGAGAACUUUCCCACAUAACUAACUCCGCCUUUUCCAUUCCAGGGGAGGCAACUACACUACCUUCUAUCUUAAAAGUGGGUAUUGAGAGGAAAUAAAUAGCCAGAUUUCUAGGAUUACCCCCCAAACAGAUUUUAUAUCCUUGUAGCGUUACUAUGCAUAACUUCCAGCCAACGCCCUUGCUCUUUGUAUAUACCUAUAAAUGAAUUUUCUGACGUGGUACAUCCUUUCAGCUGGAAUAAAGAAUUUAACCAUCUGUUCCCCAUGAACACAUCCCUGGAGUGUCUUCCCAUGUCCAGGCUUCCCUGGAAAGAGGGAAGUUUGAUUUUAUAAAGCCAUAGAUGAGACAGGGCACUGUAAACAGCCCUUACUGAACAAGACCGCCUUUGGGAUAUGUUAGUGUUAGUUCCAAUAAACUCAGAAUUUUACA